AUGCGGGAUCGUCUGGUGACCCCUCGCGGCAGCGGCUCCAGCCUGGGCUGCUCCAGCCUGCUCCCGGGAAAGGGCGCGGAGCGGCUCCAGCCUGCUCCCGGGAAAGGGCGCGGAGCGGCUCCAGCCUGCUCCCGGGAAAGGGCGCGGAGCGGCUCCAGCCUGCUCCCGGGAAAGGGCGCGGAGCGGCUCCAGCCUGCUCCCGGGAAAGGGCGCGGAGCGGCUCCAGCCUGCUCCCGGGAAAGGGCGCGGAGCGGCUCCAGCCUGCUCCCGGGAAAGGGCGCGGAGCGGCUCCAGCCUGCUCCCGGGAAAGGGCGCGGAGCGGCUCCAGCCUGCUCCCGGGAAAGGGCGCGGAGCGGCUCCAGCCUGCUCCCGGGAAAGGGCGCGGAGCGGCUCCAGCCUGCUCCCGGGAAAGGGCGCGGAGCGGCUCCAGCCUGCUCCCGGGAAAGGGCGCGGAGCGGCUCCAGCCUGCUCCCGGGAAUGAGCGCGGAGCGGCUCCAGCCUGCUCCCGGGAAAUGGCGCGGAGAGCGGAGCGGCUCAGCCUGUUCCCGGGAAAGGGCGCGGAGAGCGGAGCGGCUCAGCUUGCUCUCGGGAAAGGGCGCGGAGAGCGGAGCGGCUCAGCCUGCUCUCGGGAAAGGGCGCGGAGAGCGGAGCGGCUCAGCCUGCUCCCGGGAAAGGGCGCGGAGAGCGGAGCGGCUCAGCCUGUUCCCGGGAAGGGACGCGGAGAGCGGAGCGGCUCAGCCUGCUCUCGGGAAAGGACGCGGAGAGCGGAGCGGCUCAGCCUGCUCCCGGGAAAGGGCGCGGAGAGCGGAGCGGCUCAGCCUGUUCCCGGGAAGGGACGCGGAGAGCGGAGCGGCUCAGCCUGCUCUCGGGAAAGGGCGCGGAGAGCGGAGCGGCUCAGCCUGUUCCCGGGAAGGGACGCGGAGAGCGGAGCGGCUCAGCCUGCUCUCGGGAAAGGGCGCGGAGAGCGGAGCGGCUCAGCCUGUUCCCGGGAAGGGACGCGGAGAGCGGAGCGGCUCAGCCUGCUCUCGGGAAAGGGCGCGGAGAGCGGAGCGGCUCAGCCUGUUCCCGGGAAGGGACGCGGAGAGCGGAGCGGCUCAGCCUGCUCUCGGGAAAGGGCGCGGAGAGCGGAGCGGCUCAGCCUGUUCCCGGGAAGGGACGCGGAGAGCGGAGCGGCUCAGCCUGCUCUCGGGAAAGGGCGCGGAGAGCGGAGCGGCUCAGCCUGUUCCCGGGAAGGGACGCGGAGAGCGGAGCGGCUCAGCCUGCUCUCGGGAAAGGGCGCGGAGAGCGGAGCGGCUCAGCCUGUUCCCGGGAAGGGACGCGGAGAGCGGAGCGGCUCAGCCUGCUCUCGGGAAAGGGCGCGGAGAGCGGAGCGGCUCAGCCUGUUCCCGGGAAGGGACGCGGAGAGCGGAGCGGCUCAGCCUGCUCUCGGGAAAGGGCGCGGAGAGCGGAGCGGCUCAGCCUGUUCCCGGGAAGGGACGCGGAGAGCGGAGCGGCUCAGCCUGCUCUCGGGAAAGGGCGCGGAGAGCGGAGCGGCUCAGCCUGUUCCCGGGAAGGGACGCGGAGAGCGGAGCGGCUCAGCCUGCUCUCGGGAAAGGGCGCGGAGAGCGGAGCGGCUCAGCCUGUUCCCGGGAAGGGACGCGGAGAGCGGAGCGGCUCAGCCUGCUCUCGGGAAAGGGCGGGACGGGGCGCGGAGCGGCUCAGCCUGCUCCAGCCUGCUCCCGGGAAGGGGCGCGGAGCGGCUCAGCCUGCUCUCAGGAAGGGGCGCGGAGAGCCGGCAGGGAAGGAAAGGCUCCGUCGUGCCCUGUGGGAGCGUCUGCCAGCCCCUGA